AUGGAUCCUACUGUUGAUGAACUGAAGCUAUUUGGAGUAAAGAAAUUAAUUCCAUUUAAGAUUCCAUCGCAGUUCAGAGAAGGGAGAUGUAGAAGUGUUUCGGAUUUCGAAAAACUUAAUAGAAUUGGAGAAGGCACGUAUGGUAUUGUCUAUAGAGCAAGAGAUUCUGUCACGGGCGAAAUCGUUGCUUUGAAGAAAGUUCGAAUGGAGAAUGAACGCGAUGGCAUUCCCAUUAGUAGUCUCCGAGAAAUCACUCUACUGUUGAGUAUCAAACAUCCUAAUGUCGUUCAAUUGAAGGAGGUUGUUGUUGGACGCAGCCUUGAUAGUAUAUUUCUUUCAAUGGAGUACUGUGAACAGGAUUUGGCAAGUUUGCUAGACAACAUGCCGAAUUCCUUCACGGAAGCUCAAGUUAAGGGCAUCAUGCUACAAGUGUUUAAGGGUUUGCGAUACCUCCAUGAAAAUUUCAUUAUUCAUCGUGAUCUAAAGGUGUCGAAUCUCCUCAUGACUGACAAGGGUUUGAUUAAAAUUGCCGAUUUCGGUCUUGCACGACCCUCUAAUUCCCAACAUCCUAUGACACCGAAAGUUGUCACCCUUUGGUAUCGUGCUCCUGAAGUUUUGCUUGGAGAUAAGAUGCAAACGAAAGCGAUUGAUAUUUGGUCUGCUGGUUGUAUUAUGGGAGAACUUCUUCUUCAUAAGCCUCUCUUUCCGGGCAAAAAUGAGAUUAGUCAACUUGAGUUGAUUAUCUCUCUCCUGGGAACCCCUAAUGAGCGUAUCUGGCCCGGUAUGGCUGAUCUACCGGUGCUGAAGAAAAUCAAUCUGAAGGUUCAACCGUACAAUAACCUUCGUCAAACUUUCCCUUGGUUGUCUGAUGCAGGUUUCCGUCUUCUGAACUUUCUGUUUAUGUACGACCCUACCAAGCGCGCUCGAGCUAGGGAAUGCUGUCAAAGCUCCUACUUUAGAGAACAUCCUCUUCCUUGUGAACCAGAGAUGAUGCCGUCAUUUCCACAGCAUCGUUUAAAACGCAAGGCUUCUCCAGGCGAUGACACUGCCCGAGGACUAGUUGCUCCAGUGAAUCCUAUCCAAGAGGCGUCAUCGGGACUUUUUGAUGCUACUUUCGAUAGAAUUUUUUGGGCCUGA